AUGUCUGAAAAGGACUCCGUCCCCAGCUGGUUAUUGCGAAGAAACAGCACAUUGUCAAUUAUUGAAGACCUUUCCCUGCCCUUAGUCCCCUUCGAGGACUGCAGCUCAACCCGCAACUACGCUGCAACCAUCAUUCCUCCAUUCUACCAUACCCUCUCACUGCUCGGUAUCUUUGGAAACGUCUGUAGCCUGGUGAUCUGCCUCAAACCGUCUCGACCUUGGAGUAUCGGCUCCAUCGGAGUACUGAACCUAGCUCUGUGUGACCUAGCGUACCUGGCCUCCAUACCGCCCAGGGCUAUCUAUGUAAGUGAGAACUAUGACUGGAGCAUGGGCAGUUCACUGUGCAUCCUGAGUAACAUACUCCACUUUGUAGGUCUGACCUCCAGCACCAUGUUUAUCUGUGUUGUCAGCACCGACCGCUUCCUGGCUAUUGUCUUCCCACUCGAGUCACGGAUGGUCCGCACCCCCCGCAACGCUGCCCUGGUCUCACUGCUCCUAUGGGCCAUCACCGUCCUGCUCAUUUACCUAAGCUAUCCUAACAUCAACUACAGGGAGCGGAAGAGCGGCAUCCGCUACUGUGGAACUGUGGUGACCUCAAGGUUCAGGUACAGCGCAGCCACCUACAAUCUGUUAUCCUACUACUCUGUGCAGGUGUCUGUUCCCUUGUUCCUCAUCAUCCCUUCCUAUGUGAAGAUUAUAGCCCGGAUGAGGCAUUCGCGGCAGCAGUGGGCUGCAGGCAACAUGCAGGGCCGGGGGGACAAGACCAUCUGGCUGAUUGCCGUUUUCAUAGCCAAUUUCUUUGUGUGCUGGGUACCAGGGCAGUUGCUCCAUAUUAUAGCAUGCAUCAUCUUCUUCACGUUGUAUGACCACACUAAUACGUGUAGGGUGGCCAAUGUUGUGAACCUCCUAGUGGAGUCAUCCCAGUUACUCUACUGCCUCAAUGCUAUUCUGGAUCCCUUUAUUUUCCACAUCCAAGAGGGGCUUUGGGAGCUGGUCAGUAAAGCAUUGGAGUCUGUUGGUUGUAGAGUCUGUUGGGAUAAUUAUGCAUGGAGUGGAAAGAAACAUUUUGGAGGACCUCCUUCAGUCAGUGUAGUCCAACUGAGCUGA